UGAUUGAAUUUAGAAAUAUUUUCAACAUGGCGCCCGGUUGUUCAGAGUGUGUGUGUGUGAAAGUGCAGUGAAAUUAUGUUGAUAUCUAGUGUUUUUAGUGAUAAUUUUAGUGUAUAAGUGAAAAGUGUGUGUUUUGAUGCAGCGGUUUUCCUAUCAUGGCAUUGGAUUUACGCCUGCAUUCUCCUGCAGGCGCGGAACCUGUUGUUUAUACAUGGCCCCUCACUUCAGGUCAUGGUUCGGACAAACACGAUGGGGCCUUGGAGAUAGUAGAAACAAUACGGUGGGUGUGCGACGACUUGCCGGAGAUGAAGGCUGCGCUGGAAAACAACAUCCUGUGCGACUACGACACCCACUCAUACGAGAGCAUGCGGGCGCUCUGCGACCGCUUCAACCGCGCCAUAGACUCCGUUGUUGCAUUGGAGAAGGGGACAUCAUUGCCAGCUCAACGCCUAAACAAAUAUCCUUCGAGAGGGUUACUGAAGCACAUCCUUCAACAAACAUACAAUCAAGCAGUUGCUGACCCUGACAAAUUGAACCAGUAUGAACCAUUUUCGCCUGAGGUAUAUGGUGAGACUUCAUACGAAUUAGUCUGUCAAAUGAUAGAUCAAAUCGACAUAACAUCUGAAGAUGUAUUUGUGGACUUGGGCUCAGGCGUGGGUCAAGUGGUGCUACAGAUGGCCGCCGCGACGCCCUGUCGGGUUUGUCUUGGUGUCGAAAAAGCUGAAGUUCCUAGUAAAUAUGCUGAGAAUAUGGAUAUCCAUUUCAGAACUUGGAUGAAAUGGUAUGGAAAAAAGUAUGGAGAGUAUAAAUUAAUAAAAGGCGAUUUUCUACUAGAUGAGCACAGAGAAAAAAUUAAUGCAGCAACUAUUGUCUUUGUAAAUAACUUCGCCUUUGGCCCUCAUGUAGACCAUCAAUUGAAAGAAAGGUUCGCCGACUUGAAGGAUGGCGCGAAAAUAGUAUCAUCGAAAAGUUUUUGUCCCCUGAACUUCAGAAUAACGGACAGAAACCUAAGCGACAUCGGGACCAUUAUGCACGUCAGUGAAAUGUCACCGCUGAAAGGAUCCGUUUCAUGGACAGGAAAACCAGUCUCAUACUAUUUACAUAUUAUAGAUAGGACCAAAUUGGAGAGAUACUUUCAAAGACUGAAAAAUCCGAAACUCAAGGUCAGCAAAAGGGGUGUACAUAAUGGUAUAGAAGAGGGCGAGAGUAGUGGCAAGCGGCACCUGAGCGCGCCGCCGACACGGCAGCCCACGCCCGACCUGCUCAACGGGAACAGCAACCACAGCACCGGCUCCCUGCCCGAGCGGAGGAAGAAGGUCGUCAGAUCCAGACCUGUCAGAGGUGACAACGGCAGAACACGGGCACGUGCGGCGGUGGCGAAGCGGCGCGUGGCGCGGCGCUCCAGCGACGACAGCGACGAGGAGUCCAGCGGCACCGACGACGCGCCGCCAGCGCCCGAGCCCGCGCCGCGCGAGUGGGGCGCACCCUGGGCAUCCUCUUCCGACUCCAACCGGUCGCGUCGCUCGGGCAGCAAGCGCAGCGCCAGCGCGGGCGGAGCGCGACGACGCGCAGCGCGCGCCAAGCGGCGGCGCCAGGCGCCCGCCUCCAUCGCCGGCCUCGACCUGCUGCAUUCCACCACACUCGCCUCCACGCUGCACAACGGCGCGGUGACUGCGCCCCCGCCAGGCUGCGUGGAGCAGCGGCUGUCGGCGCUGGGGCUGGGGCUGCAGCCCAGUGAGCGCUUGCACUCGGAGCUGGACAUCCCGCGCUCGCCGCACACGCCCUACAGCCUGCAGCUGCUGCUGGACCUGUUCCGCGACCAGUACCUCGCCGCCAUACACCGCAUGAACUCGCCGCAGUAUGCUAAUGACGUUCGCGAACAGAUCGAUAAAGAGAAGGAGAGAAAUCAGAAACUGAAAUCACGUGCUUCACAAUUAGAUAAACAGAUCAGUGUGCUCAUCAGCGACAGCGUUGCGUUGCUCAAGGCGCGCAUGAGCGAACUCGGCAUACACGCCAAUAAUACAGUGGACCUGCUUGCAAAGGCCAAGGAAAUAGUUGGCAGACAUAAGGAGCUCCAAAGCAAAGCGAGUAAACUGCAGGCGCAAGUGAACAACAUUGAAGCCGAACAAGCCAUGCUCGUGAAACAAAGAACCUUUGAAAUAACAGAAAAAUAUCGCCAGUUGGGCCAUAUACCGCCUGACGUCGAAAUCACACAAACGAUCGCUCACGAUUGCAUACUAAAAGAAAUAUCGGCGACAUUGGCGCACCGUAAACGUUUACACACGCAGGUCGGCCUUCUUCAAAAUGAAAUAGUGCAGAUGGAGAGAGCGAGCGAACAGCAUCAAAAGGUGAUACCUCCGAGCGUACCAGUCGCCACGGUGAAACCUCACACGGUCAAUUCUAAACCUAGGAAAUCUAGAGAGCACAGGUCGCGGUCGCAGGAGUGGCCGGAUGUGCCCGAUGUCGGCAAGAUCGAGGAGCAGAAUCCGGAGAUAUUGGCACAGAAGAUACUCGAGACUGGGAGACAGAUUGAAGCGGGCAAAAUCUCCAAGCCGAAUGUCAUCGUGAACGGGUACUUGCGCGACAGCGACCGACACCCGGACCAUAGAGCCGAUCACCGGUCGCACCUGGCGCCGCCAGUGCACCGCACGCAGCCGCAGCCGGCGCGCGCACCGCUACAGCAUAAACACUCGCCCGUCAAACAGAAGCCGCUCAGCAUCAUCGGCAAGGUGCAGGAAUCGCCCAAGGUGAUAAACUUCGAGGACCGGCUGAAGAGCAUCAUCACGUCGGUGUUGAAUGAAGACCAGGAGCAGCGGAAGGCGGGGCGCGGGCCGACGCCGACGCCGUACAACAACGGGUACGUGCGGGGCGCGGGCCCGUUCCCGCGGGGCCCCGUGCAGCUGGCGGGCGCGGGCCCGGCGGGGCCCCCGGCGGGAUACGCGCGCCCCGCCGUCCGCCGCGAGCGCUACCCCUACGAGCGUCGCGACGCUCCGCGCCCGCAACCGCCGCACCAUCAUCUACACCAUGUGCAUAACUCGCAGCCGGACUACACUCAGGUGUCUCCUGCGAAGUUAGCGUUGCGUCGUCACUUGUCCGCGGAGCGGCUGGCGGCGCCGGCGCGCACCAUCGGCGACCUCGUGAACGGAGAGAUCGAGCGGACGUUGGAAAUCUCCAACCAGAGCAUCAUCAACGCUUGCGUCAACAUGAGCGCCCGCUAUCAGGACCCGCCCGACCAUCGCUCGCCGCAUCAACCGCUCGAAGGUCUAGCGGCGUGCUUGCAAGCGCGCGUGCUGGCGUCGGAGUACUGGCGGGGGCGCAACGGGGAGUGCGAGGACCUGCGCCGCCGCUCCCCGCCCCCCGACCCCCACUCCAACACCUCCACCCCGCUCGCCGACGAGCUGCCCGACCCAAGGGUGCCAGAGAGCGAAGGUGGCGAAGAGGUCGACGAGAGCAAAUGGCAGGAUCGGAUCGCGUUCCGGUUCGAUCAGAUCAUAUCUUUCGCGUCUACCGCCGUCGAGGACAAGAGGCGGCGCUCCGACGAAGCUUGCAACACCUCGCCCGACUCGGGGAUUGGCAGCGCUGGCGCGGGUGUGGGGGCUAGCGCGGGCGGCGGGGCGGCGGCGGCGGGGGCGGGGACGGGCGCGGGCGCGCGGGGCGCGGGGUCGCCGCUGCCGGCGCACCACUUCAAGAAGCGCUUCUUCCGGCGCGAGCGUUGGGGCGUCGGCGCAUGGAGCGCCGCGCCGCCGCCCGCGCCCGUGGACUGGGAGCGGCCGGCGAUGUGACGCCCGCGCUCUUAGCGCCGCGACGCCUGCCGCCGCCGGCACAAGCGCUGCUGUCGGCGGUGGUGCCGUCUUAGCGGACAUUUUUAGCACUGCCGACGCGAGAGAACGGUCUAUUGUAUUUUUUGUAAAUAAAGAAGGAUGGGCGGGUGCGGUAAUCAAUAUCCUCACUGGAAUCGAAAUGAACGAGCACAUACUUCCGAGAAUGUUUGAAAUAUACUUAAUAGACGUGUUCUGCCGUGCUCCUUGUGCCGUGACCAUGCCGAUUUGUGAACUAGCAAAAUUUCUAUAUUUGGAUGUUUUAUACGAUCGGAUGAACACGUCCAUUCAUGAUAUGUACAGUUGUACAUACCUAUAGCGUUUCAUGUACUUCUGCACGUGAUCGCUAGUUUGGAGAUCACCGCGAUAUCUGCCGAUCCCUCACAUGUUGAUCGUGUCGAUUUUUUGUUAUAUAUUUUUCGAAUAUAUAAUGUAAUUAUGUAUAUUAUUGAGUUUAUUUUAUGUUUAAGACUUGUAAUUAUUUAACGUUAGGUUAUGUCGCCGUUUCGUCGAGGCGCCCCGAAAAACGUUCGCGCCGCGGCGGUUUGUAUUUCAUGUGUUCAUUUAGGUCUUAGAGUUUGAAAUACAUUAUUCGGUGACGACGCAGCGGAUCUUUUUUACGCCGGUCGUUUGAUGAAUGUUUGUUGUUUUAUGAGUUUUGUUUUAUGAUGUUAUGGAAAGCUGACUCUGAAUAAUGUUAAUCAUUUCUUUGAGAUUUCUAGAAAGAUGAAUAGUUUGACUAUUGCGUGUUUAUAGGAAUUAUGGAUGUAAAAGUUGUCAUCGUGGAAGGAGACAUGUAGUAUGUAACUAAAUAUAGAAGUUCAGCAACUUUUAAUGAUUUAACUCCCGCUGUGCGUGACGGUUUUACAAGUAGCUUUAAAAUGAUAUUAACAACUAAAAUGGCUCUUGGUCACUAUGGAAUGUAUUAUUAGUAAUGCUAUGCAUCUAAAUGUAUGGUAUAGAAGUGGCUAAACUAAUAAAAUAUGGCUCGUGAUUGUGCAUAAUCCGGGCAUUACUAUAUGUAAUCAAUUAAAAUUACAAAUUUCAAACUUCUAAAUAACAAACAACGUUGAAUUGAACGUUUUGAUACAGAUAUUAAAAAAUAACUUUUUGUGAAUUUCCAAAAUAAUUUUCCGUUAUUGAAUAGCUUGUUAUAAACAAAAACACUUGGUACAAGGUGUUAUGAUAAAAAACGCAUAAACAAAAAUUGCAGUCAUAGUAAAAAAGUUUUGUCUUUGCCUGCCUUAAGGGCCCGACUGCACGCAAUUUGUCAUGUCGUCCCUCUCUAAUCUGACCAUACAUUUCGUUAUUAUUUCUAAGUAUAUUAUCGAAAUAUAGCGACCAUUUUUUUCUAAGUCGGAGGGACGCUCUGAGUAUGGACGACAAGAAGUCGGGACUGAAAACAAGUAUUUGGCCUUGAAACAAAUCACACAUACCGAAAAAACCUAAAAUGAACGCUUGUAUGGGAAGACAUGCUUUUUAUUUUGAUUUAGAGAGUUUUCAGCCUACGGAAACUAUAUUCUUUUAUAUUCAUAAAAAUUAAAAAGGUUACUAGGACCUAGGACCUCGAGCUAUUAUUAGGAAGUAAUUAAUGGAAAUAAUGUUUUGAUUGCAAAUAAAUACAGUAGUUAUCUGUAUUUUUGUACAGAUUAAUAUAAGAUUGAGAAAGAAAAUAUAAAACAAAUGUGAAGUAAUUCCUUGGGCAGUCUAAAAUAUUUUUAUUUUUAAAAUAUGAUAUAGUGCCAAAUCCCAUAUUUUUGUAUUGAUUUUUGUGGUAUUUGUCACUUAAAGAUUGUAACAGGAAUAACUUCAAGUCUAUAUAGGUUUACGGGUAUAGUUGAUUCAUGGUAUAGGAACAAAUUGUCUAGGGUGUCUCGAACCUAUAUUAAUUUGUUGACUUGCUCACAAGUACCGUUGCACAGACUGGAAAGAUAAAUUCAUAUUAUUUCUACAAAUUGUUUUAAAUAUAAACAAAAUUUUGUUACUGUUUUCUUUUUAUUUGCAAAAUUGUAUAUGUAACUAAUAAUUUCAUAUUUGUCAUUUUUGAGGAAACAACCAAAAAUAAUUUUGAAGAUCAGUUUAUGCUUAAAAAUUUUAUAAAUAUUUGUGAUUUAUGUUAAAAGUACUGAAUGUUUUAUGUAGCAAAAUACUUUGCUAAAAAAAAUACUGUACUCUUAUUGCAAUAAUAAAAUAUUAAUUUCUGAAAGAUUUAGCAAACAACCAUGACGUAAUGUUAACUAUAUCGUUUUGGAAUGUUUUAUCAACGGACAAGUAAUGAAAUGUUUUUUUAUGUACUAACGUGCCUUGCCAAUCAAGCUUAUAUUAGUUUAGAUAAUAUGGAUUCACCUAAGUAAAUAACUAGUGUAGUUUCAAACGCACCAAAAUACCAAAUGAUAAAAUAGUUGAGAUGCAAAACCACUGCCUUUUAAUAGUCUUAUGAAAAUAAUGCGUUAUAUGAAGUCUUAUUAAGGAAUACCGUAUUACCUAGAAACUUACGUUUGUAAUAUGGGGUCUACUUAGGUAAGGUGAUGUAAUGACAUGCAUAAUUUCUUGAUGUUUGCAUUGAUAUAUUUGUUUGUUUUUAUUAAAACCGGUGUGGAACUUAUUAUGUAUUGAGGGUGAUAUAUUUUCUCACCAAAUUAGGCUAUAUUUAAAGAGCUAUGGUAUAAUUACCAAAAAUAGAUUACAAGAAUCUCAAACGACAAAUUGGAACUGACCUACACAAAGUACCACAUAAACUUUGUCAUGUUCAACAACAUCAACGAAUGUAUUCUGUAACUAGGCAAUUCUUUCAACCUUUCAAAGUAAAAAUUGUUUGCUCACGAUCAAUGUGUCAUUCAUUAUUGUUAAUUUGGACUAUUAGAUGUGUUAAAAACGCCAUGUGUUUUUACAUUCUGGCGUACUUUUAGGUGUGUUCGAUUUUUUUGUAUGAAAUCGUUGUUUAGGUUUUCUACAGCAUUUUUAAUUCACAAAAAAUAAUCAUGUUGCGUGUUCCUUGUAUCAAAAUUUACUCGUAAAUCAAUAUUUUUAUUUUAAAUUAUUCAGUGGUAUCCAUUGAUUUGACAGUAACGUAACGUAAACGAAAAUGCGAAUUAUUUCUAAAGAUGUCCCACCGCUGAAUCAAACUCUGAUUAUGUUUGCCGUCAUUCAGCUGAAUAUAAUUUUAGCAAAAGUAUUAUUGUCAUCAUUUUUAUACAUAUAUACUUUUGUUUUGACUAAUGCUAAUGACAUGUCCACUAAUAAUAAUAAACUGUGUGUGCAUUACAUAGAGUUACAUUUUGCAAUUAAUCAAAUUCCAAUAGUGGCCUUUCUCAUGGUUUAACAAGCAUUGACGCAAUAAUAAUAUUGUUAUAUUUUUGAGUAGUAGUAAACAGCUAGAUUAGUGUAGAUUUCACGCAACAAUUUUGAAUAAAUUUAUGAUUUAAAAAAAUGUAAUUGACCGUGUUAUUUUCGGAAUUUAAAACGUUUUGAUUCAAAACUAGUUAAUAAGGCAAUGAUGCAACAUAUGACAUUAGUUUGAAUUAUUUGAUUGCUCUUAAUUUAUAAAUUUGCCCAAGUAGCUUCGAGGUAUAAAACAUUCGAAAUCUAUCAUUUGAUAGGAUCGAACCUCGAGUUACGAAUGCAUUAAUAUACUAGAAAAUUAUCAUUUAAAAUAUCCAUUUCACAAUUUCUAAUCAAAACUAAAGCAUAAUAAUUCUGUAAAGAUAAUUUAUACUUUAAUUUUAUAACAUUUUGCACUAUAUAUUUUAUUGUAGAUAAGAGUUUGACUUGAAAUUCAUGUAAAUCGUUAUGUGUAAUAGGAAUAAUUAUGUGUCGAUUAACUUGAGCAAUGGUAAUUAUUAGAGACAGAAGAGUACUGUGUAUAAGAAUGGAUCUCUAAUGAAAAAUAAAUGUUUAGAAUGCACAAACGACUUACUGUGCCAAUCAUUUGAUUCGAUGUUAACAUCUUAUUAAUUUUUCGUACAAAUUCAAGGAUAAUUUAUAAAUGACACAAUAGCCACCAAUUUCAUUAACAACACUCAAUGUACACCAGAACAACAAAAAAUAAAUGAAUCUGGGACGUAGUCGUUUGCUAUAUUCUAAAUAUUGGAGUGUAAUGGUUUGAUUGUGCCUGAAAACUCAUCAAUGCCGCUCCAAACCUCAAAAUUGUGUAUUUGUAUUAUAAGUAAGCAUAAAUUUGAUUCUGAAUUACCGUUAGUUGUUAGUAUAGUACGGCAUAUAAUAAUUAUGAAAGAUUAACUCGAAGAGUGAUUGCAUUAUUCAGGUUUAUCUUAGUUUUAUUUUUGAUGGGGAAUAUGAGCUAUUCUGUGUGACGUUAUAGUGUCUAAAAUAGUACAAAUGAGAAGACUUAUUGUCAUAAGCCUCGGACUAUUCAACAAUUGAAAAUGCUAGGUUUGAGAUGUAUCCCUGUGUACUAGUUUUAUUUUGUACUAAAAGUUAAAAUAAAUGAGUAAUUACUUAA